GAUAAAGACCCUAAGCUUUCCAUUAGUUCACUUAUGUCGGCAGCUCUGUCUCUUGUGUUGGGUUUCUGAUUCUUGAUCUGGGUUUAAAGAACUAGGCCUUGUGUUCUUUGAUGUGGGUGUCUGGAGAUUUAUGGGAAGAAGCUAGCUGAAAAUGGGUUCUUUGGAAAGUGGGUUUCCAUUGAAAAGAGACCCUCUUCUUCGUUCGUCUUCUAAUGGUGGCAGAAGUGAUAGGCACUCGUUUUUGCAGAGGCUCAGAUCGAGAUUCUCAAGAUUCUUCCUUUUCAAGAAGCUUGACUAUCUCCUAUGGAUUUGCACUGUGGCUGUGUUUCUCUUCUUUGUGGUACUUUUCCAGAUGUUCUUGCCUGGUUCUGUGGUGGAGAAGUCCGGGGCUUUCAUGCAGACGAAGAAUGUGGAGUUGAAUUCUGGUGAUUUGAGGCUGUUGAGAGAGCUGGGGUUGUUGGAUUUUGGGGAGGAUAUAAGAUUUGAGCCUUCAAGGCUUUUGGAGAAGUUUAGGAAAGAAGGUAGAGAGGGUAGUUUGUCUAAUGGUUUCAAAAGAACUCUGCAGCAUUUUGGGCUCAGGAAACCCCAGCUUGCAUUGGUUUUUGCAGAUCUGUUGGUUGAUUCACACCAGUUACAAAUGGUGACUGUGGCAGGUGCUUUACAGGAGAUUGGAUAUGAACUUUGGAUUUAUUCACUUGAGGAUGGUCCUGCACGUGGUGCAUGGAAAAGUUUAGGAGUUCCAGUUACGAUUAUUCAGACCUGUGAUCAGCCAGAUACUGCUGUAGAUUGGCUAAAUUACGAUGGCAUACUCGUGAGCUCUCUUGAAGCCAGGGGCAUAUUUUCUUGUUUUGUUCAGGAACCUUUCAAGUCUUUACCUCUCAUAUGGACAAUCCAUGAAGAAGCGCUUGCUACUCGAUCAAGAAAAUACUCUUCAAAUAGCCAGACUGAACUUUUAAAUGAUUGGAUAAGAGUCUUCAACCGAUCUACAGUUGUUGUCUUCCCGAACUAUUUCCUUCCGAUGAUUUACUCCACCUUUGAUGCUGGGAAUUUUUUUGUUAUUCCUGGUUCUCCUACUGAAGUUUGCAAAGUAGAAUCUAUUGUGGCUUUAGACAAAGAUCAUCUGCAGGGCACCGCUGGCAAUGAGGCCGAAGACAUUGUAAUUACAAUUGUGGGAAGCCAAUUUCUGUACAGAGGCUUGUGGCUAGAGCAUUCCAUUGUUCUACGGGCUUUACUGCCGCUUCUCGAGGACUUUUUGUUGGAUGCUGAUUCCCCUCGUCUCAAAGUCAUUAUUUUGAGUGGAGACUCAACAAGUAACUAUAGUUCUGCAGUUGAGGCCAUUGCGUACAACUUGAAGUACCCGAGUGGCAUUGUGAAGCAUGUAGCGAUUGACGUGGAUGCUGACAAUGUAUUAAGUACAUCCGAUCUUGUGAUAUAUGGAUCUUUCCGUGAAGAGCAAUCAUUUCCAGACAUUUUAAUCAAAGCCAUGUGCCUUGGGAAACCAAUUGUUGCGCCUGAUCUCUCCAUGAUCAGCAGAUAUGUUGAUGACAGAGUGAAUGGGUACCUUUUCCUAAAGGAAAAUAUCAGAGUUCUUUCAGAAAUCGUAUUACAAGUGAUUUCAAACGGAAAGCUAUCACCUCUAUCCCGCAACAUUGCCUCGUUGGGGCAACGUACUGCACAAAGCUUGAAGGUGUUGGAAACUAUUGAAGGAUAUGCUGCACUUCUGGAAAAUGUUCUUAAGUUUUCAUCAGAAGUUUUACAACCUAAGGCUGUUGGGGAAAUCAAUCCCAAAUGGAAAGAAAAAUGGCAAUGGAAUUUGUUUGAUGCAGUAUCAAAUUCAUCAUAUAUGGAUAGAAAUUUGAGAAGCCACACAUUUUUAGAUGUUUUUGAGGAGCUGUAUAAUCAUACUGAACAACAGAAGCAAAAUGCAAUAACUGAAGAAAAGUCAUUUAUAUACAGUAUAUGGGAGGAAGAAAAGUCCGCUGAGAUGGUUAAUUUAAAGAGAAGAAAAGAGGAAGAAAUGUUAAAGGAUAGAACUGAUCAAUACCAUGGAACAUGGGAAGAAGUGUAUCGAAAUGCCAAAAAAGCUGAUCGUAGCAGGAAUGAUUUGCAUGAAAGGGAUGAAGGGGAGAUUGAAAGGACAGGCCAACCAUUGUGCAUAUAUGAACCUUACUUUGGGAUGGGGACAUGGCCCUUCUUACACCUGACCUCCCUAUAUCGAGGAAUUGGGUUGUCGACUAGAGGUCGAAGACCUAGGACUGAUGAUAUUGAUGCACCUUCUCGUCUUCCACUUCUUCAUAACCCUUAUUAUCGAGAUCUGCUUGGAGAAUAUGGAGCUUUCUUUUCCAUUGCAAAUCGAAUUGACCGCAUACAUAAAAAUGCAUGGAUAGGCUUUCAGUCAUGGAGAACAACAGCAAGGAAGGCAUCUUUGUCUGGGAUAGCUGAGAAGGCACUGUUAAAUGCUAUUCAAACACGGAGGCAUGGAGACACACUCUACUUUUGGGUUAGAAUGGACAAUGAUUCACGAAAUCCCCUGAAACAAGACUUUUGGUCAUUUUGCGAUGCUAUAAAUGCUGGAAAUUGCAAGUUUGCGGUUUCUGAGGCCCUUAAAAGGAUGUAUGGCUUAAAGUACGAUUUGAAAUCUUUGCCGCCAAUGCCUGUAGACGGGGACACAUGGUCUGUCAUGCACAGCUGGGCUUUGCCAACUCGAUCCUUCCUAGAGUUUGUUAUGUUUUCUAGAAUGUUUUUGGAUGCAUUGGAUGCGGAAAUGUAUAUUGAGCAUCAUUCUAGUGGUCACUGUUAUUUGAGUUUGUCGAAAGACAAACAUUGUUAUUCACAGCUUCUUGAGCUACUGGUAAAUGUUUGGGCAUACCACAGUGCCAGGCGUAUGGUAUAUGUGAACCCUCAGACUGGUGAAAUGCAGGAACAACAUAAGUUUAAGGGCCGCAGGGGUUAUAUGUGGGUCAAAUGGUUCUCAUUGUCCAUGCUAAAGAGCAUGGAUGAAGAGUUAGCAGAGGAAUAUGAUGUUGAACACCCAACGAGGCGGUGGCUGUGGCCCUCAACAGGGGAGGUCUUCUGGCAAGGUAUGUAUGAAAAAGAGAGACAUUUACGGAAUAAGCAGAAAGAGAGGAGGAAGCAAAAAAGUAAGGAAAAAAUAGAAAGAAUAAAGAAACGGACUCACCAGAAAGCAAUUGGGAAAUUUGUAAAGCCCCCACCAGAAGCAGCAGAUCAUUCAAACACGACAAUGGUUACAAGUAUUCAGUAAUUAAACCGACUUAUUUUUGUUAGGAUGUUUUAAAGUAGAAGCUCAUUCCAUCAUUCUUUUUUCCCAUCUGAUUUCAAUUUUUUGUGAGGAAGGGUGCUUAUAGUUGUAAUCUGUAUGUCAGGCUUUGUAUGUAAAAGCUGCACCCUUCUGGUGGUCUUCUGGUGGUCAUCAAUGUCAACGACUGGCUGUAAAUGUAUGAUAGCUUUACUAGUUCUUACUACCAUUUUGUUUC